AUUAUGUGACAAGCAGAACUGGAUUUUGGAUUGGGCAAAAGCGUCUGGUUGGAGCACCGGGUGGCUUAAUGACGCAUUUUCAGGUCUCCUUUGUUUCCAUCGAAUCUCAUCAAUGCUAGCCUUUCUUCCGGGUAUCCAAAAGUGACUUAUGACUAGAAGUAACAUUUAUCUUCAACACAAAGCUGGUCCGUCUGCGCUCUUGGAAAACUAUCGAAAGGACAUUUGCUACUUCAAGGGCUGUAAUAAGAGGAUUUUAGACUAUGUAGAAUGAAUAAAUUGCCUCGGCUUCGAUAAACUUGAUUACGUUAGCUCAUCGUUUCCCCUCCUCCCAUCUACAGUGUGCUGUCAAUGUUGCCCCCCAAGCCGAGCCAUUAAGCAACAAAAAAGUCAAUUCGUGAGACACCUGCUCACUGAUCACAUUCAAGGCCAUCUGCAUUUUCACCGCGUCCACUUUUCAACGAAUGCAGAUUGUAAACUUGAGCAAACGAACACGCCCACUUUUUGAUGAACCCGCACAGUACACACAGCAUCCAUCGUGACACGCGAGCACUUCUUUUCACCUUAUUUGUAAAAAAGGAGAAAAAAAUGCAACGCAAAUUCACGGCGAGGCCGUGGUUUUAAAUCAUGUCAGUUCGGCUUUUCCGUUUAACCCUUGGGUCUCAAACGCAAAGGGGCACUAAAUCAUACUUGGCUGCUGGCCUAUUACCACCAUGGUAAAUAACAUUAAAAUACAGCCCCGCCGUAGGUCUAAGUGUUCCUCUGCAGCAAGGCGGUUUUAUUCCAAAGACGCGCCUUCAACAAAGUCCUUGCGUACUUGCACACGCCGUGUUACUCUUGUUCCGCUCCGUUCCAUGGCUGUGAUACUCCCCGUUGUCCGUUUACAAGCAGGUUAAUCAUAAAGGUUCUCAUGAUGUGCAAGUAGUGCAAAGUCUGCCCCCACUCUCCCCUCGCACCUUUGGACCGGGCCACGAUGCUUUAAGUGUAGUUAAAGUUCAACGGCGUCGCACUCGCAGGAGUACCCAUGCAUGCUGAGCGUGCUGAGCGACGGGCUGCUCGGAGGAGACGGACAGGCGACUCCCGGACCGGGUCUCCUAUGACCUCACCGGCAGCCUACGCUCGACCGGAGCACGAUGAGCCCAUGAACGGUCUGCGCAUCUCUGUCGGGGGUCUCACCAUGCUGGCGACCGUGGCCAAUGUCGCGGACCCUCGCUUCCGCCUCAAGUGGCGGCCCAUCGCGGCGGCGGCCGUUUCGCUGGCCGCGCUGCUGCUGCUCUUCACGCGUUGGAGCGCCGGGCCGCACCCCCGCGCCGACGCCUCCGAGAGCCGGAGGCCGGCCGGCGGCGGCUAUAACCGCACCUACCCGCUCAGCCCGGCCCAGCGCACGGCGCAGGGCACGCGCUACCGUAUCGCCGUCGUCGCCGACCUGGACGCCGACCCUCGGAUGGAGAAGACGCUGACGUGGUUCAGCUACAUGCGGCGCGGCUACCUGCUGGUGUCGCCGAGCGGCGACAGGUUGUCGGUGGAGUGGGACGCGGAGAGGACGGUGCUGCGGAGCCACCUGGCCGAGAAGGGGCGAGGCAUGGAGCUGUCGGAGCUGGUGGCCUUCAACGGCAAGUUGUACAGCGUCGACGACAGAACGGGCGUCGUCUACCAUCUCGACGGCGGCGAGGCGGUGCCCUGGGUCAUCCUAGCAGAUGGCGACGGCCACGUGGCCAAAGGUUUCAAAGCCGAGUGGUUAGCGGUGAAGGACGAGCACCUUUACGUGGGCGGUCUGGGCAAGGAGUGGACCACCACGUCGGGGGAAUUUGUCAAUGACAACCCGGAGUGGGUGAAGGUGGUGGGCUUCCGCGGGGAUGUGGAGCACAGGAACUGGGUCCCGAUGUACAAGUCGCUCAAGGCGGUGGCAGGAAUCCAACCUCCAGGUUACCUCAUUCACGAGUCGGCGGCGUGGAGCGCCGUGCUGCGGCGCUGGUUCUUCUUGCCACGUCGCGCCAGCACCGAGCGCUACGAGGAGCACGCGGACGAGCGGCGGGGCACCAACCUGCUGCUGAGCUGCUCGCCGGAUUUCACCGACAUCACCGUGAGCCGGGUGGGCCCGCUCGACCUCACCCGCGGCUUCUCUUCUUUCAAGUUCGUGCCCAACACGGACGACCGGAUCGUCCUGGCGCUCAAGUCCGAAGAGGACGCGGGGAAGAUCGCCUCGUACAUCCUGGCGUUUACGCUGGACGGACGCGUUCUCCUACCAGAGACCAAAAUCGCUGACGAUGUUAAAUACGAAGGCUUGGAGUUCAUCUGAAACUGUGACUGAAUGUGAUCAUUUCCAGAUGUGACACCAUGACUGUAUAAAGUCCCACCAUUCGAAAGGAAA